GCGGGCGCGGCCGCCUGCGCCGGAAGUGAGUGGUUGGCGGCGGGCGGGGGCAGCGAGCGGCCGGGCGCGAGUCGGUCCGCAAGUCCGCCGCCGGGCCCUCAGCUCCGCCUCCUGCGUCUCGCCCGGACGCGGCCGCACUCGGAUCGGCCACCGCUGGGCGCUGCGGCCGCCCCGCCUGCUGCGCGCUCCCGCCCCGCCCCCGCCGCCGCCGCCGCCGCCCGGUCGGUCGGUCAGUCAGUCAGUCACGGUGCGCGCGGCGCGGGAGCUGCGGGCGCUCACGGCGUCUCCGGGGAAGGAGCGCCGCGCCUGAGGAGGCGGCGGCGGCGGGAGCAGCGGGAGCGGAGGCUGCUCAGCCCUGGGCCGCUGGAGGAUCGAGCAGCUGCCGCGAUGGAUCAGUUAUCAGAUGAAGAAAUUGACCAUGGUGCUGAAGAAGACAGUGAUAAGGAAGAUCAGGACCUGGACAAAAUGUUUGGAGCCUGGCUAGGGGAGCUAGACAAACUCACUCAGAGUUUGGAUUCUGACAAGCCCGUGGAACCAGUAAAAAGAUCUCCUCUUCGUCAGGAAACAAAUAUGGCCAAUUUUUCUUACCGCUUCUCCAUAUACAACUUGAAUGAAGCUCUGAAUCAGGGAGAAACUGUGGAUCUGGAUGCCCUGAUGGCCGAUCUUUGCUCCAUAGAGCAGGAGCUCAGCAGUAUUGGUGCAGGAAAUAGUAAGCGUCAAAUCACAGAAACAAAACCCACUCAGAAAUUACCUGCCAGCCGACAUACAUCAAAACAUGGCACUUUGAAAGGAUUGUCUUCAUCUAACAGGAUAACUAAACCAUCACAUGCCAACUACUCCCUGGAUGACAUCACUGCACAGUUAGAACAGGCUUCCUUGAGCAUGGAUGAGGCUGCUCAGCAAUCUGUACUAGAGGAUACUAAGCCCUCAGUAACUAAUCAGCACAGAAGAACAGCAUCAGCAGGCACAUUGAGCGAUGCUGAAGUGCGCUCUAUUAGUAACUCCUCUCGUUCCAGCAUCACCUCUGCAACCUCCAGCAUGGACUCUUUGGAUAUUGAUAAAGUAACACGCCCUCAAGAACUGGAUUUGACACAUCAGGGGCAGCCAAUUACUGAGGAAGAACAGGCAGCAAAAUUGAAAGCUGAGAAGAUCAGAGUUGCCCUGGAGAAAAUUAAAGAGGCACAAGUGAAAAAGUUGGUGAUUAGAGUCCACAUGUCUGACGAUAGUUCUAAAACAAUGAUGGUGGAUGAGAGGCAGACAGUGAGACAAGUGCUGGAUAACCUAAUGGACAAAUCCCACUGCGGUUAUAGUUUAGACUGGUCGCUGGUAGAAACCAUCUCUGAAUUACAAAUGGAGAGAAUCUUUGAAGACCAUGAAAACUUGGUUGAAAAUCUUCUUAAUUGGACAAGAGAUAGCCAAAACAAGCUUGUAUUUAUGGAACGUAUAGAAAAAUAUGCACUUUUCAAAAACCCACAGAAUUAUCUUCUGGGGAAAAAGGAAACUGCCGAGAUGGCAGAUAGAAACAAAGAAGUGCUAUUGGAGGAAUGUUUUUGUGGAAGUUCUGUAACUGUACCAGAAAUUGAAGGAGUCCUGUGGUUGAAAGAUGAUGGCAAAAAGUCAUGGAAAAAGCGUUAUUUUCUCUUGCGAGCAUCUGGUAUCUACUAUGUCCCUAAAGGAAAAGCAAAGGUCUCUAGGGAACUGGUAUGCUUUCUCCAACUGGAUCAUGUCAAUGUUUAUUAUGGACAGGACUACCGGAACAAAUACAAAGCACCUACAGAUUAUUGUCUGGUGCUAAAGCACCCACAGAUCCAGAAGAAAUCUCAGUACAUCAAGUACCUUUGUUGUGAUGAUGUGAGGACCCUGCAUCAAUGGGUCAAUGGUAUCCGCAUUGCAAAGUACGGGAAACAGCUCUACAUGAACUAUCAAGAAGCCUUGAAGAGGACAGAGUCGGCUUAUGAUUGGACUUCCUUAUCCAGCUCCAGCAUUAAAUCAGGAUCCAGUUCUUCAAGCAUCCCAGAGUCUCAGUCAAAUCAUUCUAAUCAAUCUGACAGCGGAGUAUCUGAUACUCAGCCAGCAGGACAUGUCCGUUCCCAGAGUAUUGUGAGCUCCAUCUUCUCUGAAGCCUGGAAACGUGGUACUCAGUUGGAAGAGUCCAGCAAGGCCAGAAUGGAGUCUAUGAAUCGACCCUACACUUCACUUAUGCCCCCUUUAUCCCCACAGCCCAAGCUGGUCACCCCCUACACUGCCUCACAGCCUUCCCCGCCUCUCCCACCCCCGCCCCCGCCCCCGCCCCCGCCCCCCCCUCCACCCCCCCCACCUCCCCCACCUCUGCCCAGCCAGUCGGCACCUUCUGCUGGCUCAGCAGCCACCAUGUUCGUCAAGUAUAGCACAAUAACCAGGCUGCAGAACGCUUCUCAGCACUCAGGACCCCUAUUCAAGCCUCCGCCGCCCUCAGUGAUACAGUCUCUGGCCUCCACCUCCCAGUCAGGAAAGCCUCAGAUCCUGGUGCCCCCCAGUGGGGUCGUUCCCCCACCCCCGCCCCCACCCCCACCCCCCACCCCGGGCUCAGCUAUGGCCCAGCUCAAACCGGCACCCUGCACCCCGUCCCUCCCACAGUUCAGCCCUCCACCUCCUCCACUGAAGAUUCAUCACGUUCAGCAUGCCACUCAAGUGGCCCCUCUGACGCCACCACCACCCCCUCCUGUCCCUACACCCCUUCCUCCCCAGGCGCCCCCCAAACCCCUUGUGACGAUGCCCCCACCAACCAGCACCAAGACCGUGCCCCCUGUUAUGACACAAGCUGUGCCAGCCACACCUACUCCUCCAGCUCCCCCAGCAAAAAAGCAGCCGGCUUUUCCUGUGUCCCACAUCCCACCCUCUUCCCCUGCUCCUCCUGGUCCAGUCCCCCCACCCACGUUGCCCAAGCAGCAGAGCUUCUGCGUAAAACCACCUCCCUCUCCGCUGUCUCCCGCGCCCUCAGUCGUGAAGCAGAUAGCCAGCCAGUUUCCGCCCCCUCCAGCCCCUCCUCCCGUGGAGCAGCCCUUCAGGCCUCCCUCCGCGAAUGUGGCCCCACAGUCCCCUCCUGCUGUGAAAGCGAAACCCAAGUGGCAGCCCAGCUCUAUCCCUGUCCCCUCUCCGGAUUUCCCUCCUCCUCCUCCUGAGAGCAGCCUGGUGUUUCCCCCUCCUCCUCCCCCCCCUCCGCCCCCCCCUCCUCCUCCUCCUCCUCCACCGGCCCUGGUCCCACCACCCCUGACAGCUACACCCUCAGCUUCUCCUGCCUCCGACAAAAGUGGAUCUCCAGGCAAAAAGACCAGUAAGACAUCCAGCCCCGGGGCAAAGAAACCUCCCCCAACCCCACAGCGAAACUCCAGCAUUAAGUCCAGCAGUUGCACCGAGCACCCUGAGCCCAAGAGACCCUCAGUAGACAGUCUAGUGAGCAAGUUUGCAUCGUCAGCAGAACCCUCAGGAUCUCCCAGCAAAGAGACCCCACCACCUCCGGCGGCGCCCCCCAAACCCGGAAAACUAAGUCUUGCUGGAGUUAACCUUCCUGGAGUUCUCCAACAAGGGUGUGUGUCAACAAAAGCAUCUGUCCUGAGUGGGCGCGGAAAGGACUCUGUGGUAGAAUUUCCUUCUCCUCCAUCCGAUUCCGACUUCCCACCCCCUCCACCUGAAAUAGAGCUUCCUCUGCCCCCCAUAGAGAUUCCAGCUGUAUUCUCGGGAAACACCUCUCCAAAAGUGGCAGUCGUUAAUCCUCAACCACAGCCAUGGUCCAAAACAUCGGCGAAGAAGGCCCCUCCCCCCACACGACCCAAACGGAAUGACAGCACCCGCCUCACUCAAGCAGAGAUCUCUGAGCAGCCAGCAACGGCCACAGUUGUGCCACAAGUGCCCACCUCUCCCAAGUCCGGCCUUAGCGUCCAGCCUGGAUUCCUCGCUGACCUCAACAGGACACUGCAACGGAAGUCCGUCACCCGGCACGGCUCGCUCUCCUCCUCCCGCAUGUCCAGGGCAGAGCCCACAGCCACCAUGGAUGAUAUGGCACUGCCGCCGCCCCCCCCGGAACUGCUUUCUGAUCAACAGAAAGCCGGUUACGGAGGUAGUCAUAUAUCGGGCUAUGCAACACUGCGGAGAGGACCCCCUCCCGCACCCCCCAAGAGAGACCAGAACACCAAGCUCUCGAGAGACUGGUAGUAGCUACCGUAGGACUUUAUUUGCGUGGUAUCUGUAAUCAGCUCUACAAUCAGCUCACCUGAUCACCUAUGAAUUCUGGUGUGCAGAGCCUCCUAGUAUGAUGUUGUUAUUCAGGUAGUACCCAGCUGUGUGUGGUGUGUACGUGUGCGUGGACACGCAUAGCUAUACAUAGAUCGUGUGUUUAUGUGUAUGUAUAUAUAUGUAUACAUAUAUGUAUGUGUAUAUGUAUAUAGAGAGCUGAGAGUGAGUCUAUUUAUUCCUUUUCUCUCCUAACCUGAAUAUGGGUUUGUGUAUUUUGGGUGGAAGAGGCAUGGAAGGGGAUGUGUGUCCUGUCCCUUAGGAUUUCUGUUAUCUCUCAUGUGGGUUGGACCAAAAACUUUUAAUGACUGACUUAGAAGGCAUUUUAUAAGUGUUCAUGUGCAGCCUCUCUGUGCAUGUUGUGUAUUAUAUAUUAAGGAAUAGAUGUAUUAUGUGCUGUUUCUCAGUUUGAGAAGACAGCAGAAUGUUUGGUGUAUCGAUGGGACUUUUAGGUUUGUUUUUUCCCCAGUUGGCUGAAGUUCGAACUGCUUGGCCGACACUUCAUCACUUAUACCUGAAGGGGCACUUUAAAUCAGGAAACUGUCAGCAUCAUGGGUGGGUCACUAGUGCAGAAUGGGGAAGUUUCCACAGAUGCUGCGUCCGUCCGUGGUUGUGGAUAGGAAGUAAACACACAAUGUCACUAAACCAUUCUAGUUGUAGGGCCGCCAUGAUCCCACCUGUAUCUAGGAUGUGUUCUGUCACAGGUAAGCUCUUUGCCUACAAUACAUGGAUAAUUUAGUACUGUAAUCCCGGAUAGUUCUUUUUGUACUGUUGGCAUCUUUUUCACGAGCUUUGCGAAGCCUCAUCAAGCUUGGCUUUGUGAUUCUUGUUUUGAUUUGUCGUGAGAGAAUAUCUGACACAAUACCCCUGGAAUGCUCUGUCCCGGUAUGUCUUUGGGUCACCAGUUAUAUAGUGUGUGCUUUAGGUAGAUGUUGAUAGUAGAGAUCUGUAGACAAUUGCUCUAUCACAUACACACAUCCCAUGUCCGAUACAGUGCAUCAUUACAAAAACAAAAUUAGCUUCUGAUUGCGUCUUUUUUGCGUGUCGCUCUAGAAUGGGUGAUUAGGAAAGAGCAGGCCUGCCCCCUGUGCAGGUACCAUUUGUCGGGUUGUGUAUGGACUGUGGUGUAGAAGAGAGAAUCCACUGGAGUACGGGACUCUCCCAGCGGGAGGCGAAAAGGGAGGUUUGUGACCAUUCCAUCUUUAGCUACUAGAGCUCGCUCGGACUCUUGCUUGCUGUGGCCUGGUUGUGGAGAUCUGUCCAGGUCCCCGGGUGUUCAGGUGGAGUAGUGUAGUCCAAGUACAGUGAGUGACAUUACAUAUUAUGCACGUGCGGUUUGGUGUAAAAUGGAAUCAUUGCUCUAAUGACCCACUGCAUUCUCUCUGCUUCACACCCUGCCUGACGCCUUUGUUGUUGUUGCUGUUGCUGUUCUGUGAAUUUUCCUUGGUAUCUGAGAGAAGUAUGUACUGUCCCAUCAGUUUAUGAUGACGAAGUGGCCAUUACAAAUAAAAUGCAACCUCAGAGCUGCUCUUAAACAAUAAAAACUAGCCAUCCCAGCGGUGAUAAAUGAGCACAUCUUGUAAUCCAAGUCUCUACCUGUCGUGAAUCAGAAUUACCAGUGCAGCCUGCAAAAAUCUUUGACAUUGUCCCAUAAGAAAAAAGUGAAGUCAGUGCAGCGGGGCAGAGAUAGUAAAGAAUUUAAGAAUAAGCAAAAGUUGUACUGUAUACACAAGAUACUCCUAUAAACCCACCUCCAAAAAAAGGACUGCAUCAGAGAGAGUAUGAAGUGGCGCCUCUCCAUUGCCUACAUGUCUAGGAUAUCAUUCAGCAAUUCAUGUGCUUACAGAGCAAUAAGAAUAUGUACCACUGUGCAUUUUUUAAAGUCCUGCUCUUUAAAAGACACUUUUUGGAUCUUCUCAUUUGUUCUCAAACUUUGUGUGCUUGAUAUUCUUAGGCUUAUGAAGUGACCAUUAACACAUCGGCACUGUUAAUUUAAGCAUGCGCAGCAGUUUCAGUAAUGGUUGAGCACAGAUGGCCAAGCUCCGCUGUAACUCAUGAGUGAAGUAACUUCCCACAGUUCUGCCUGCUGCCUGCAGCUUUAUAUUCUAAGGACCACCCUUAUUUGUCAGGUAAAGUGAGUAAUAGGAAUCCAGUGACAGAAAUAUUCAUCACUAGGGUUUUUGUGGGGGUGAUGGUCUUUAUUUUGCAUGAAGGUGGACUUCAGCUUUCCUGGAGGGGAAAAACACUAGUAUUCCCUCAGUCCUCCUUCACGCAUGAUUUGGGCCCUAAGAUGCAGCCUUGCUUGAGUCAGUGUGGGGUGCCCUAGGACUUCUUGGCUUGUGUCAGUCCUGAGAGCCAUCCGACCCGAUGCGCCCGCGUUACCACUUUCCUGAAAGAGCAGACAUCCUUUAGAACGCUUGCGGCACUAAGAAGAGAGCUGUGCCCUUUACACCCGAAUCCCGUGGCUUGUCUGCAGCAGGUGGUUUUCCUUUACGUUUCUCCAAGGACAGAAAAGGCUAUUACUAAUCAGCUUUUCCCCCGUUUGUUUUAUGUGAAACACUGAAUCAGAGAACCCCACAAAAUAAUACAUUAGAUUAUACUUCUAGCUUUUUACUCCCUAGUGGGAUUUUUGUUGGGAUGAAGUUGUGUGGGGUUCUUUUGAGACGACUCUGUUACUCUUGGAACUUCUCUCUGGUGUGUGGUUGGAGAACACGGACUGCCGAAGGACACUAGGGCUGCGCCUUCCUUCCUCCAGUGCCGUCUGCUCAGUAGCUCUUCCAACCCCAUGUAUCUGCUUCUGCUCAGAGAAGAACAUCUGGGCAGCUGACCUGGCUGGACGGAGAAGUGAAUAGCGUUGGGGGCAGUGCAAACAGGUGCCUGUUUCAGCUAGUGACUUGGUUAAUUAGUGACAGCCUCCACUUCUACCACAGGUCAUUUCAGAAUUGGUGAUCACCUGUGCUUAAGGUUUGGGUACUAACUCUGAAGGGCAGCAGAGCCUAUUCUGUUAAUAAAACAAAUGACAUAGGGGCGCCUGGGUGGCUCAGUCGUUAAGCGUCUGCCUUCGGCUCAGGUCAUGGUCCCAGGGUCCUGGGAUCGAGCCCCGCAUCGGGCUCCCUGCUCCGCGGGAAGCCUGCUUUUCCCUCUCCCACUCCCCCUGCUUGUGUUCCCUCUCUCGCUGUCUCUGUCAAAGAAAUAAAAUCUUGAAAAAAAAAAAUGACAUAGGUUCUAGGUAAGAAUAUAAAUGCUAGACUCUUCUGUAUUGACAUUUUAUUCAGCUGGGUUUUUACUACUCAAACACAUUUCUUCAGCUGCUAUAAUACUUCCUUAGGAUAGGUAUUCUUAUGGCUUUCAUAGGUACCCACCUAACUGUAAAUUGGAUUUUUUUUAAAUUUCUGGGACUUUUUAAGAUGAGAAAGAUUGGCGACUUAAAAAUUAUAGGAAAUAAUUUUCAUCAGAAAAUGUCAAAGUAAUGUAGAGGUGAUGGUGUUUUACAGCUCUCUAAAAUGAAAGUGCUCCCGCCCACUGACGGCAUACUGUGCUAAGGGCCGUGAACCAUCUUGGAAGUCCUCUCUCUGUGUGGAAGUUUACUUGCCACUAAAAACAAUGCUGAGUUUAUCAAGAAAGUUUAGACAAAAUUGGGAGAUCAUGAAUAAAUAACCCCAAUACAGUGACAACUGAGAUCAAGAUUAACAGGAGCUGUGCAUCCAGUUAGUUUCAGAAGCUGCUCUUCUGGGAGAAUACAACUGCUAAUAAGCUUGUGUCAAGGAUGUAAGGUUACGAAAUAGCCUGGAAAAAAAAGUAAACGGUAUGGACCGGUUUUAUUUGACUAUCAAGCCACCAACAGAACCCUUUGUCACCUUUUUUUCUUCCGCUAAAAGCAAUUUGUUACAAACAUGAGGUGAAUUUAAAAAAACCUUUUCCCUAGUUUUAAUUUUUCAUAUACCUUCACGAGCUAACAAAUUACAACUGCUAAGUGUCUCAGAUUUUAUUCAAGUUUAGACCAGUUAAACCUGUAUGGCCCUGUAUGAUUAUAGGUGUAAUGACUUGCUUUAAGUAGGUAUAAUAAUUUGGAUUUAUACACUUGAUGAGAAGAUGUCUGUUUCUAAAACUCCCUUUUAGGUUGCCAGUACCUUUUGGCACUUUUGACUUUUGCUUAUACACUUUACAUCAAUGUGGGUUAUCCCUAGCCCUACAGGAGUAUGUGCUCACUCACCAAGUUGAGAUUUGAUGCACAGAGAGAUGCAAGUACAAUGAAAUAUCCUAUUUUUUUAAGAUUUAUUUUCCUUUAAAAAUUCAAUAGAACAUUUCUACACUUUUAACCAGUCUAUCCCUCCAGCUAAACAAGUGCUCUGUUCUUACUGUGCCCUCGGAAGGUCUAUAUGUAAAAGAAACCUGAAAUUAAGCUGUAGAAUACAUUUGCUAAAUAACAACAAUAUACUUGAUAAACACGUUAAGGGAAAAAAAUCUCCAAUUUGUUUGCUCUUUGCUGAAGAGAAGACACUAUCUGCUAUAAUCCCCAGUGCCUUGAACUCUUUUGGAGGAAUAGCAUUUAAAAAAUAUCCAACAAGCAAACUUUGAGGUGCUAGUGAAAGAAGGAAGAUGAGUAUUUGUAGUUUGCGCAGAAGUAGAGAAAGUGUCUGUCUCACAAGAGAUGGCUUUCAUCUACCUGAAUGGGGUCUGGCCGCUUUCUACCAAAGACAUUUAGAGAAGUGAGUCUAGUCAGGGUGAUGGCGAUUACUACAUAUUAAAAGAUAGCUAAGUUCAGAAGUGACCCUGUUGAUCAUGGAUGGCUAUUAAUACCAAGCUCUUAACUGCUGAAGCCUCAACCUCUUCUUAGGCAGAACAUGCUUGCAGCACUUACAGAAAGUCUUUGCGUUUUGGGAACUGUCCAUUGUUGUCAGAUUUAUUGUAACCUAAUACCAAAAACUGCCAUUUUUCAUGAUUCCUACUUCCUAUAUUUUUUUUUUCUACUUGUAAAUAAUCCCUCCUAGAAAAUAAGCGUUAACUGGAAUGUUUCAAAUGAUUUUGCUUAAUUUUAUCAUUCGCCACUAGUGAACUCCUUUUAUAGAAAUGUACAUUUACAAUAUCAUUAGCUUGUGCUAAAUGUUGUAAAAACAGUUUACUGUUUUAAAGGAAAGUUGCACAUAUUUAACUGGGAUUGCUCCUUUUCCCAUUUCUUGAAAAAAUGGAGUCAAGGCUUACACUGUUAUCUAGGCUGUGGGAGCUUUGCCAUAAAUAAAUAGAUACAAUGUAGGAGUAUAGUUUUUUAAAGCAUGAAAAGAAGGCAAAAGGAACUGCAUUAUAAAGUACCUAAUAGAGAACAUUAUUCAAGAUUAUGAUUAUGCACAGCUUGGUAAAGGUGAAGUUACAAUUUUUUUUCUUUCAGCUUUGUUGUUUUCUUCUGCUUAAAUGUACGCUCUCAUUUCAUUAUGUGCCUUGCUCCCUGAUUGUGCAAACCUAUAUAUAGAUUAUAUAUAGAUAUAUAUAUGAGAGAGAGAUAUAUUCAGUACUACUGACAAUGUUUUUUUUGUUCUACUGCUGGAUUAAGUUAUUUUCCAAAUUACUCUACCAGUUACUGUCGGUGAACUAUUGUAACGGCUUAGGACAGUAGUCAUACAGUGUAAAUUUGUUUUGUUUUGUGUUUUCAUUAUGUCCGCUUACCCAAUCCUUAAUAAAAAGAAUACAUAGAUUUCAUUUAAA